ACUGUGGUGGAUUUUCAUGCAACAUGGUGUCAACCAUGCCAUAUGAUCGCGCCUGUUUUUAAUGAAUUAAGUUCAAAAUAUAGACAUGCUAACUUUGCGAAGGUUGAUGUUGAUCAAUUACAAGAUGUCGCUACUACAGCUCAAGUCAGAUCAAUGCCAACAUUCAAGUUUUUCAAGAACGGUCAGCAAGUUGCGCAAUUGAUAGGCGCCAAUGUUGAAGAACUCAGAAGGCUCGUUGCGCAGCAUGUGGGAUCACCUGAAGAAAGUGGUGACACAUAUAUUGAAUCGGAUGUUGAUGAACAGCUCUUGAUAUCUGUUCCCUUUAAUCAAGCUGUUAAGCUUCACUCAAUAAAGCUUGUCGCGAAUGAUAUUGAGCAAGCUCCAAAGACGAUCAAACUUUAUGCUAACAGAAUCAAUAUCGGCUUCGAUGAAACGGAUUCUACCGAGGAGACACAAUUACUCCAAUUGACUCAGAAAGAUUACGAAGAAAAUGCUAUUAUCCCAUUAAGAUUUGUUAAAUUUCAAAGUGUGACAAAUAUUAUUUUAUUUAUCGAGGAUAAUAUAGGAGAUAAAGAGACAACUUCUCUUAAAGAAUUGAUAUUUAUUGGAUCACCAGUCGAAACGACCAAGAUGGAAAAUUUAAAAAAAAUCGGUAGCGAUUAA